CAAUCAGGUGUCGGCGGGUCUUUUCAAACCCAGACGGUAAACAUGUCGAGAGAUGUCGGAGAGUUGCUCGGAUCCGCUUAUUAGUCAUUAUAGGUUCCUAAUUUCAUUGACUGUUGCAUGACGUCUUAUUUUCCCGCAAAGGAACUAGAUUGUUAUCCUUUAUAUCAUAUAUAAUACUUUACUUAACUUAAAACAAACGUAUUCGUUCAGCUUGUAGCUCGCUAGCAGUGGCUAAAUGGAGCAGUCAGACGGACCCAUGCGCUAUGAGCGACUGACAGCUGAUGAGAUGGACCAGCAGCGGAUCCAGAAUGUUGCUUAUCAGUACCUUUGUCGACUGGAGGAAGCCAAGAGGUGGAUGGAGGCGUGUCUAGGGGAGGAGCUCCCUGCACCUACAGAGUUGGAGGAGGGGCUUAGGAACGGGGUGUGGCUGGCUAAACUGGCCCACCACUUCUCCCCAAACACCACCCCCCUACGCAAGAUCUACGACUUGGACCAGAACCGCUACAAGGCCCAAGGUUUACAGUUCAGACACACUGACAACAUCAACCACUGGAGGAACGCCAUGGCGCAAGUUGGACUCCCAACGAUAUUUCAUCCGGAGACGACGGACAUCUAUGACCGGAAGAACAUGCCUCGGGCUGUGUACUGUAUCCACGCUCUCAGCAUGUAUCUCUUCAGGUUGGGAUUGGCUCCUCAGAUCCAAGACCUGUAUGGAAAAGUGCAGUUUACUGAGGAGGAGAUCAACAAUAUGAAGCUGGAGUUGGACAAGUAUGGCAUUCAGAUGCCCUCCUUCAGUAAGAUCGGCGGCCUCCUGGCCAAUGAGCUGUCAGUGGACCAAGCUGCUGUCCACGCUGCAGUGCUGGCCAUCAACGAGGCGGUGGUCCAGGGGGACGUGGGCGCGACCGCCCUGGCCCUCAGGAACCCCAACGCCAUGCUGGAGCGCCUGCAGGGGGCGCUGAUGGCCGUCUACCAGGAGAUGCUGCAGCAGGCGCGCAACGCCAAGACACACAGCGCUGCCACUGGGUGCUCCCGAGCGGAGAAGGACAUGUACGAGGAGUAUCUGACUCAGAGUGAGAUUCAGGACAACAUCAACAAAGUCAACGUGCGCUCUGCGGUAGAGCUGGUGGACGAGGCGCUGGAGAGCGGACAGGAAGUGGAGCUGCUCUCCGCUCUCCAACUUCCUGCGCUGAAGCUGCAGGCCCUCAGGGCGGAGCACAGCCCCUGGUACCUGGACCAGCUCACCUCCGCCCGACAGCACUGCCUGGAGCAGGGGUGCGUUGACCCCCUGGAACCAGAGGAGCUCCAGCACAGCGUCAACCUGGCCAAUCAGGAAGCUCUGUGCUCCAACAACAUGCAGGAUGCGGUGCGGUGCAUCAACGUGGCGUUGCAGCGGGCCGAUUCCACCCAGACCCUGCGCUGCCUGCUGAACUCGGAUGCCAUGCUGCCUGACGUCCUGCCCUUCGCCGCCGCUCUCUACCACCAGCAGCUGCAGCUUCUGCAGCGACAGCACCCCGAGGGGGAGCUUCAGCAGGAGGAGCUGUACGUUGCCGUGGAGAUGUUGACAGCCGUUGCCAUGGUGAACCAGGCCCUGGAGGCUGAAGACCUCCGCUCCUUCUGCUUCAGUUUGAGGAGCGCGACGGCGGGCCUGUCUGAUAUCCACGACGACUUGCUACACAGGUAUUUUGAGGAGCUAUUGGGUCUAAGGAGUCGCACCGGAAGAGUUUUACUAACAUGGAACCAGCUGCAGGAAGGAAUCACAUCAGUCAACAUCGCUGCAGAAGAAGACCAACAGAGGGACCUAGUGUUGGACCUGCUGCAGCAGGCUCUAGAAGGAGGAGACCCCCGGGAAGUCCUGUCAGCGCUGCUGCAGCCCUCUAGUGGCGUGGAGGAUGUAGUGCCGGCCAAUGCCAGCCGCUACCUCCACCUGCUCACCCACGCACAGAGACUCAAGGCUCAGAGAAGCGGUGACCCGAGAGCUGAGCUGUCCUUGGCUGACGUCCAGGAAGCAGUGCGGAGGGCCAAUCAGCAAACCCAGAGGGCUAUGAAAGGGGCCCUGGCGCUAGCAGCAGUCAACCAGGCGGUGAAGGAGGGCCGCGCCGACCAGACCCUCCGAGUCCUGCGGCUGCCAGAGAUGGCGCUAGAGGGCGUGGCCCCGGAAUGUUCAGCAGCCUAUCAGAAGCAGCUCCGCAGCCUGCUCAGCAGCAAGGCCCAGAGAGGGGACAACCGGAGCCCGUGGGUUCGAUCCCAGACCGCAGAUGGCGCGUUCUACUUCCACCUCUCGAGGCUCGAGGGCAACUGGGACAAACCAAAGGGGUUUACCCAGAAUGCACUAUUCCUGACCAACCAGGAGAUCCAGGGCGUGGUGAGCAGCGUCAGCAGGAGGAGGGGCUGGGAGGAGAAGGAGGACCUGCUGGUUCUCCUGCAGGCCAGGAGCCGGGGGUUCCUCCUGCGUCAGAGGCUGACCUCGCGCCUCCUCUACCUGAGGAGCCAGGGAGCCGCGGCCACCGUCAUACAGAGCCACUGGAGGCGUGUUAUGCAGCAGAAGGCGUACCGCCAGCGGAUCCAGUUCCUCUAUGGGCACUGGAGGGCUGUUGUCAAGAUCCAGGCGGGGCUCCGGAUGCUCCUGGCGCGGCGGCGCUACAGAGCCCGCCUGCGUUACUUCAGAGACCACGUGGCUGCCAUAGUGAAGAUCCAGGCCUUUUUCAGGGCGAGCCGGGCCCGAGAAGAGUACAGGAUGCUGGUCCACUCGGCCACGCCCCCCCUUGCGGUGGUCAGGAAGUUCGUCCACCUAUUGGAGACUGGCGACGGCGACAUCAUGCAGGAGGCGGAGCUACUGCACCUCCGGCAAGAUGUGGUCACGACCAUCCGAUCCAACCGGCAGCUCGAGGCAGACCUGGACCUCAUGGACCUGAAGAUAGGGCUGCUCGUCCGAAACCGCCUCACCCUGCAGGAGGUAGUGUCUCACUGUAAGAAGCUGACUAAGAAGAAUAAGGAGCAGCUGGCGGGCAUGAUGGCUCUGGAGCGCUCCAAGGGGCUCAAGGCCCUCCACAAGAGGUGUAGGGAUCGACUGGAGACCUACCAGCACCUCUUCUACCUGCUACAGACCCAGCCGCUGUACCUGGCCCAGCUCAUCUUCCUGAUGCCUCAGACCAAGUCCACCCGCUUCAUGGAGACGCUGGUGUUCUCUCUUUUCAACUACGGCUCGGACAGCAGAGAGGCCUUCCUGCUGCUGCAGCUCUUCACCGCUGCUCUGCGCUACGAGAUCAGGCUGAAGGUGGAGCAGCCCCAGGAGGUGGUGACGGGGAACCCCACGGUGUUUAAGAUGCUGGUGAGCUUCUACCGCCACGCCCGCGGCCACAACGCCCUGCGCCAGAUCCUGGGCUCCGCUGUGAAGGACGUCCUCAGCGACGGGGCCCUGAGCAUCAGGACUGACCCGCUGGAGAUCUACAAGACCUGGAUCAACCAGACGGAGACCAGGACCGGAACCAAGAGCUCCCUUCCCUAUGACGUGAGCGCGGAGGACGCUCUGUCCCAUCCGGAGGUCCGGCGCAGACUCGAUAUCGCCAUCAUCAACCUGAAGAACCUGACUGACCGGGUGUUCAUCGCCAUAACCACCAACCUCUACAAACUACCCUACGGCCUCCGCUACACCGCCAAGGUCCUCCGUGACGCGCUGCACUCCAAGUUCCCUGAGGCCAGCCAGGAGGAGCUCUACAAGAUCGUGGGGAACCUGAUCUACUACCGCUACAUGAACCCAGCCAUCGUGGCGCCCGACGGCUUCGACGUGCUGGAGAUCUCCGCGGGCUCCACCCUCCUACCGGAGCAGCGGCGCGUUCUGGGCUCCAUAGCGCGCAUGCUGCAGCACGCAGCGGCCAACAAACACUUCCAGGGCGACAGCCCCCACAUCCAGAACCUCAACGAGUACAUCAGCCACACCCACGGCAGAUUCAGGAAGUUCCUCCAGGCUGUGUGUGACGUGCCGGAGCCAGAGGAGCGGUUCAACAUGGACGAGUAUUCAGAGAUGGUCAUCCUUAACAAGCCGGUGGUCUACAUCUCAAUCGGCGAGCUACUCAACACGCACAAGCUGCUCUUGGAGCACCAAGAGGCCCUGGGACCCUCCCCCUCCGACCCCCUCAGAGUCCUGCUGGGUGAACUGGGAGGAGUCCCUUCACUGGAGGAGCUGCUGGGUGACUCCGGGGGGAGCUCCGCCGACCAGUCCAAGAUGGAGGUGUCCCUCACGCUCACCAGCCGCUUCGACGUCUUCAGCGACCAGGACCAGUCGGACAGCAGGGGCGUCCUCCUCAGCACCAAGCAGCUCAUCGUGGACUUGCUUCGGACCCAGUCGGGUGACUCUCUGAGCCAGCUGUUGAGGGCGUCGACGUCACGUGACCAGGAGCUGCAGCACGGCUGGAUGAUGCAGCGCCGCGCCCAGAGGGAUGCUCGGACCCCGGACAAGAUGAAGAGGAACCAGUCGCUCGUCGCCGACGGCAACCUCAGUCUGGAGGAGAAGAAGAGGAAGAUCGUCCGCAGUCUUCGCCGCCUGGAGGCCCUCGGGGUCUUGACGCCCCCCGACUCUGAGGCCCAAAUACUGCAAAUGAUAGCCAAGGACAUCCGCCACCAGCGCCUGUACCGCCAGAGGCGCAGGGCCGACACGUUGAGGCUGAAGCAGACUCUGUCCAGUCUGCAGGAGAAGAGCUCCGCCCACAGCCAGCAGGUGGACUACUACAGCCAAUACAUCACUUCCUGUCUGGACAGCCUCACCGCCAGCAAGAGCAGCGGCAAGAGCAGCGGCAAGAAGAGGCCGUCUCUGAGCUACAGCGCGGCGCGGCUGCAGGAGAAGGGAGUCCUGCUGGAGAUCCAAGACCUGCCCGCCACGCAGUUUAAGAACGUGAUGUUCGAUAUUGUUGCCGGGCAACAGACUGGAAGCUUCCAGGUCAAAACUCGCUUCCUGGGUGUCGAAAUGGAGGAGUUCCCCCUCAAAUACCAGGACCUGCUGCAGCUGCAGUACGAGGGCGUUGCGGUGAUGAAGAUGUUUGACAAGGCCAAGAUCAAUGUCAACCUCCUCAUCUUCCUGCUCAACAAGAAGUUCUUUAAGAAGUGAACUCAUCGUAUUAAUGUAUUCAUACCAUCGUUGUUUUCAGGGAUUCGUACAAACACUCCUUUACUACUCUCUGAAUCCUAUUAGAAAAUUUGUUAUAAAUCACACUAAUAAUAACAAAUCACACUAUUAUCAUUAUCGGUCAUGCACACAAUAAUUAGUUAUUUAUCUCGAGUAUUAUUAAUCAUUCAUUUUCAGUAUAAUUCAUUCUCUAUCUACACUAUUAUUGAUAAUUGAUCUACAGUCUUCUGUAGUCCUUGUUCUUGAUCUGAUUAUGUCAUAUUAUUGUGAUAAUCACAGAUGACCAAAGAAUUCUUUCUCUGUUUAUAUUUUUCUGUCUUCUGUAAAUAUGUUCUGUCCCCAGUUUACCUUCUUCACUGAACCCCCAUGUUUUGUCUUUCAUAUUUGAUGUCUUUUUAAAGUACAGUAUAAGGGAACAUGUUCAUGACAAAGCUUCAGCAUUUAACACUUUAUUACUAAAAUAACACUUUUACACUUUUUGUAAUGGAAUGUUUCACGUUUUUUACAGCAAUAAAUAUUUCAACCUAAAA